GCGACAUCACUAGUCCGAUGCAUUGGCCAAGCGAAGCGUGAGCCUUGGGAGAUGUGCAAGAUUUGUACUCUGUUGAAAUAAUACGUCAUCUCUUAUUCUAAAGUGAUAAUCCUAAAUUUAUUUGGAAUUUACAUUACAAUUUGUUUUAUAAAAAAGCAUGAUGCCGGCGGCACGGGGUGUAAAACGUACGGCGUCUAAAUCAACGACCGCCACAUCAUCCUCGGCCCCGAAAAACAAGAAAAAACGCGGAGCGAUCGCGUUAGAAGUCCCAUCGGCUCCGAAGAAGCGGGGUCGUGUUUUUGCCUGCGGCCAAGGGGAUGUUGGUCAGCUCGGCUUGGGUGAAGAUGUUGUGGAGACUACAAAAUUCAAACACGUGACCGCUUUAGGCAACAAAAUUGUCGACGUGCAAGCUGGUGGAAUGCACACUAUCGCCUUAGACAGUGAUGGCAAGGUGUGGACAUUCGGGUGUAACGACGAAGGCGCCCUGGGGCGGCCCACGGCGGGCGAAGCGCAGGAGGCGGCGCCGGGCGGCGUGCGGCUGCCGGCGCGCGCCGCCGCCGUGUGCGCCGGCGACUCGCACUCCGCCGCGCUGCUCGUCGGCGGCGACGUGUACGCCUGGGGCUCCUUCAGGGACUCCCACGGCAGCAUGGGUCUAGUGGUUCGCGGCAGGGAGGGGAAAGCUUGCCGCGAGCCCGUCAGGGUGGACGUGGGCGAACCGGCGGCGGGCAUAGCGUCCGGCGGCGAUCAUCUUGUUAUUUUGACGACAUCCGGAUCAGUUUACACAAUGGGCUGCGGUGAGCAGGGUCAGCUCGGGAGACUGUCACAGCGCUCCGCCACGAGGGACGCCCGCCAGGGUUUCAGCGCGCUGCUGGUGCCGUCGAAGGUGACGCUGAAGGGCGGCGCGCGCGCCGUGUGGGCGGGCUACCACGCCACCUUCGCGCUCCACGCCGGCGGACAGGACAGAGUCUUCGCGUGGGGGCUCAACAAUUAUGGGCAGCUGGGUAUAACGGGGGAGAAACGCAAAACUGCAAUAUUCUCGCCGACUGAGUGCGACGCGUUCGCGGCGGCGGGCGGCGGCUGGAGGAAGAUCAGUGCUGGACAGCAUCACUCUCUGGCGCUGGACAACUCUGGAGUUGUAUAUGCGGUUGGGAGAUGUGAAUAUGGCAGAUUAGGUUUGGGCGAUCGCGAGGGCGACGCGGAAUCCCUGGAGCCGAUACCGAAGCUGGCGAACAAACGCUGCGUCAGCAUAGCGGCCUCCACCAGCAGCUCGUUCGCGGUGGCAGAUGACGGUGAAGUAUAUGCGUGGGGCAUGGGCAGCGAAGGUCAGCUGGGGUCAGGGUCACGGGAGGAUCUGCCCGCGCCCGCCGCCGUGGAGCGCGCCGCACUCGCCGCCGCGGCGGGCGGCCAGCACACCGUGCUGCUGGUGGAGGACCCGUCUGCACCCAAAGAAGAAAGUCCGGAGCCCGAGCGGGAAACCGCGGAACAGGAACCGGAAGUGGCCGCGCCGGAGCCCGAGCAACCCAAGGAGAAACCCAAAGGACGACAAACCAAACGGCAGAAGAAGCAGGAACAAGAGGAUGAGGUGUCGUCGACGUCCAGCGCUAUGCCGAGCGAGGUCGGGGAUGAGAAUAAGCCUCAGAAAUUAAACGGUGAUGAGAAGAAAGAGACGCCGAUGGAAGUGGACGAAACUGACAGCAAUGCACAAGAGAAAAUAGAAACUCCACAAAAACCUAUCAGCGAACAAACAACGGCCGUUUUAACAACACACCAACCGGAUGUCGGUGACACGGUAAACGACAAACCGGAUAUAACGGACACGUCCAGUCAAGACACGACAGACACAGAGUCCAAAUCGCAAACGAGUGAAAAAACGCGCGACAGUGAAAAGUCUGACGAGUGCGGGAAGUCUGAGCGGGGUGAUGAUGAUGAUGAUAAGUUGAACGAUGUCGCGAUGAAGGAUGAAGUGAACGGAAAUCCGGAAAUGGAGUGCGUCGAACAACAGCAGGUCGAACCCAAGACCGUUGAGAGUAUAAGCAGCCCUUUAACCACUACGGCGUGAUGGUGAGUUAGUUGUAAUUACAUAUAUAUAUAUGUAUGUAUAUAUAUAUAUAUAUGAUUGAUGAUGUCGAAGUGAAUUGCAUAGAAUUUGGUUGAAUUCGUGAUGUUGUAGAUUAUGUAUUUUUUUUUUGUUUUUUCUUGUCUCGUCUCCACGGUUGCGAAUUUGAAUGGUUGUGGUUUAGAGCUCUGGUUUCGUUUUACAUACAUACAUAUGGUCACGUCUAUAUCCCUUGCGGGGUAGACAGAGCCAAAUGUCUUGAAAAGACUGAAUGGCCACGUUCAAUGAUAGAAUGAUAGAAUUGAGAUCCAAAUAGUGACAGGUUGCUAGCCCAUCGCCUAAAAAGGAAUGCCAAGUUUGUAAGCCUAUCCCUUAGUCGCCUUUUAACGACAUCCAUUGGAAAGAGAUGGAGUGGUCCUAUUCUUUUUUGUAUUGGUGCCGGGAACCACACGGCACUGUUCGUUUUCUGUAUUUUUUUUCUUUUAAGUCCGUUGGCUAACAUUCGUUCUUAGGCUUGGCUUUUUCAUAUUUUUAAAAUAAAAAAAAUAUUUAUAGAUACCUAAUAAAAGUAAUAUUUUUAAUGUUGGAUACUUACAUUCAUAUUAAUUAUGCUAACAUAUUCAAGCAAUUUAUUGUGUAACUGCGAUCCAAUAUAUAUUUUUUUUUUUUAAUUAUCUAUUCUUGGAUCAUGAUUUAAAGCGGACCAAGGGCUCGCAAGUUCGCAACUGGAGCGAAAACACCAGAAUAAUGAUAAUUUAUAAUUUUAUUUAUUACCUACAACACGCCAAAUUCUAUAGCAUUUUACUAAUAUACAUUAUAUGAGAACACUCUUGAGCAUAUUUUUGUAAUAAAUAUGUAAUAAAAAAUGGUUCAAAUCUAGAAUUCCAAUGAGACGGAGAUUUGAACUUUUUAUGUUGAUUACCAAUUAAAAUCCAUAUUUUAAAUAAUUUUCAAAGAUUUUUUUUUUAUAACCCCAUCUUUGUCUAAACAGUAUGAUUAAAAAAAGACACAGCAUUAUAAUAUAGUAAUUAUACAAAUUUCAUUGAGAUCAUAAUUUUAAAGUUGUACCUUUCAAAUUCAAAUUCAAAAUUUUUAUUCAUUAUUAUAGGAUACUUCAUAUCGCUUAAUAAUUGUCAAAACGUUUGGUUUCACAACAUUGGUUGACGUCAAAUAAAUUACUUAAAACUAAGUUUACUGCCGCUUCCAAGGCGUCAGUGCAGAAGAAGCGGUAACAAACUGCACUGCAGCUAUUUUACAAUAUCCCGACACAUAACUUGAACUAAAAUGGCGCCUAAUCAGCCCUUACCAUGCAUACACUUAAUUCAAUAUCUUUUUAUAAUAUAUAUAAAUAGCCUAAUUAGUUUCUUAAUAUAAACAGCCUGUUUUGGAUUACAACGGUCUCUAUCAUAUUUAUAAUGUAGAAUUUAUCUUAAAAAAAACCCUGUCUUUUCAAAUCACCUGGGUGAUGUUGUGGAGUCCUGAGGCUCUAAAGGAAACGUUUCAUUGUCAUAAUUUUCGUCAGUUCAAGACGCUCUUGACCUGACCUUUCGCCGGGGCGUCUCCGAUUCGGUCAAGUCAAGAUACGUUCGUCCACUUGACCUUUAAACGUCCCCAAAUAACAUGACACCGUGUAUGUUUCAAAUAAAAAUGUAGGAGUAAUACUUCUGAAAUUUGUAUAUAAAAGCAUUUAAGGAAAUGAUAUUUUUUUUUUUAUUAAACAAUAUUGUAAAGAUUUAAUGAAAUGGUUUUAUCUUUACGUUACUGCUACGGUUUUAAAUUAAAAAUAGUUUUGGAAUUGGAUAUGUCAUAGCCUAGUUGAAAUUGAAAAUAUGUAACAUAUUUUAAACAAUUUCCCGUAUUGUUUAAAAUCUUUGUCCUUUAAGAAGUUUAUAUUUUUGUGACUAAUUUUGUAUUAGAGUUUCGCUUUGAAAACAUAUGCGCGUAAAAUAAGAUUUUUAUGAUAAAUAAAUAACCUCGGUUUGAACCCUAUUGGGUCAAUAUACGUACAUUAGUUUGAAUGUUAACAAAUGUUCUUACGGUGAGGAAAAAAAUCGUGAGAAAACGUGAAAUCGUGAUCCAACACGGGUUAGGUUCCCCUGCAAAGGUUGCGGAGGUCAGACGGGAGUCGCUUCGUGGCUAAACGUAGGAUUUCAUCAUUUUAAUAAACAUGUUUUUAGAGCGAAAUACAAAAGUGUACAGUCCGUUAAUUGUCAUUAUAUAAGUGUAAAUGAAUGUCUUUAAAAUAGUUAAAAUAAUGCGUGUAUAAAAUACCACAGAAUAUGUAAUUUUAAACACAUACAAACCGGACGCUCUUAGUCUUGUGACUAAUAAUUAAAUAUCGGAAUAGGUAGAUUGAAUUGGGGUCAAUGAACUGAAACGUAUAUAUUGAUAUGGACAUGCCUCCGUCCGGGAUUGCGGGAUUUGUAAAUUAUUAAGAUUUUAGGAAUUUUUACAAGUGAUGGAUGAAGAAUAUAUUAGUGGUAGCUGUUUUCCCCCGACUUCGUUCACGUAAAUUGUAGUCCUAUGUUACCCGCGGACAAUGUAGUUUACUGUAAGUGUAAGUACUGAAAUGGAAUCCCGGAAAAGAGGUUUAUCCAUGUUAUGCUUUCUAUGGUAAUUCAUGAUGCAAGUACAUAAAAUUAAUCUACCUAUUCCGAUCUCUGCUAAUAAUACAGAUGCCUCAAAUAUGUAAAAUCAAAGUCUGGUUUUAUGGUCAGAGAAACAGAUGACGUGUAUGCGAGCGUUAUAUUUUUCUUUUUAGACAAUCAGUAUGGACUUUAAGCUAACGACGUGUAUGGAAACGUGUGGUAAGUUACUGGAAAUUUAGUGAUAUAUUUAAACAGUGUUAUCUGUUUUUUGAGAGUGCAGAUUAAGCUCGUUGGAACUAUAAUAACGUGUAUGCAAACGUCGUUAGUGUUAGUUGAAGGUAUCGUGUCGAGUGUCCGGUAGUGUCUACAAAAGAAUAUUAUGAGGGUGUUUUCAUGAAAAUUUCUUAACACCAGAUGACGCUUUAUCCUAAUGGUUUUUAACUUAUUUUGCCGUCAUGAGUUAAAAUAAAUUAAUAUAUAGAUGAUAUCAUCUUGUUCUAAAUUAACGGAGUAAUUUAUUUCAUAAAUAUCAAUGUCAAUCUGGUGACAAGACAUUUGAGAACGCCUCAUUUUAAACGGAUGGUUCAGGGACUUAUUGGGAGUUCAUGAAUAAAUUGUCUUUGAAUUAUAAUAAAAAUAAAUAAUUGUUCACAAUAAAAAUUACUUUACCCGGCGCGUAAGUUGACACAAAAUGGCGGCUUACAUGACAUUUGUAAACGUAUUAAUGCAGAGUUAAACACCUUAUUAUAUUUACAUUAAAACCGCUGUAGUAUGAAACGCGAGACGCGGUUAUUGGCGCGAAAAACUAUCGCUGUUUCGCUUUUUGUUAUGGCGAGAAAAGGGACAGCGAUAAUUUUAGCUUGCUUAUAUAGGCAGUAUAUAACAGUCUUAAAAUUACAUAUAUCUCUGUAGCAGAUUUCAAAUGCUACUUCCUAAUUAUAUGGUCUUACUUUUAAAAAAUACUUUUUCACAUCUAAGUUUAUUAUCGUUCCAUCCAUACAACUGUCACAGAGAUCAAACUUAUAUUUUAGAGACAGAUUUUUUCACGAAUCUUAAAACUUAAAUCUAAAAAAGUAUGUUCCUACUACUAAACGUUUAUAUAUUUUUCAAAACUUAAUUGUUAUAUCUAUGAAUUUUUUUGUCAAAAUGACCACGAAAUUUAUGUUGUUGACUAUACACCGACCAACUUGCGCGCCUGGCAAAAAAAAAUGCCUACGAUCAAUACGUCCCACGGAACCACUCCGCCGAUUUAGAUGUGGUUGCUAGCUAAAUAUAGGGUUGUUUUAAUCUGCGAGAGUAAAAUGGGAGCAUAGAAUUAAGGUUAGUUUUUAAAACAGUAAUUGAAAAACUUUUUGUUGAAUUAUUUUUUUUAUUUUAUAGUUUUUCUGCAUGGAUAAAUAAGUACAAAGGUACGAAUUGACGCGUUGCAACUUGUUGAAAAUAAUGAACUUUAAUGUAUUGUGUUUUCCUAAUAAAAAUAGUAGUGUAUA